CCCAAAAUCCUAAAUAUUUUCUCUCUCUCUCUCUCUCUCUCUCCUUCCCCCUUUCACUGUCAGACUAAAAAAAUUUGGCCCCUCCAUUUUCCCUCCGCUGUUUAAAGAAGAAAGCACCCCUUUUGCUAACAAUCAUAAACUAUUUUUUUUUCUCACUGAAAACAGGGCCAAAAAAACACAAAAGUUUUUUUUGGGGGGGGGGGGUGUAAAGUUUCAAUGAAGAAGUCUAAGAUAACAGGAGACGUAGCAGUAAUGGAAGUUUCUCAUCGUUCAACAAUGGGGUCUCGAACCAGAGCUGCUAAAACUCUAGCUUUACAAAGGCUUUCAAAAACAACUCAAGUCACCCAAGUUGUUGGUUCGAACCAAGAUGUUUCUUCCUUGUCUUAUCUUCAACUGAGGAACCGUAGGUUGGAAAAGCUGGCUUCCCCUGUUUCCAGUAAAACGAAACAGAGACAAGAAGAGAAAGAAAGUGGGUUCAGGGAAGAAGAGGAAGGAAAGAAUGGUGGAAAGAAAAAUAAAGGGUGUUUUGGGAAUAGGGAAAUUGUUCUUGAAGUAGGGAUUUGUUGUGGAACAGAACAAGCUAUGGAUUUUGAACUCAGAGACAGGAGCACACCAUGUAGCUUAACAAAGGACUUGAAAACAAUCCCAUCUCCGGGGCUGGUGAACGAUGUGCUACAGUCUGUCCCGUCAACGCAAGAAAUGGAGGAGUUCUUCGUCUACGCGGAACAACAACAACAUCGACGGUUCAUCGAGAAGUAUAACUUUGAUAUUGUGAAUGAUUUGCCACUUCAAGGACGUUAUGACUGGGUGAAAAUAAUCCCAUAAUCCUCCAUUAAUGUAAAAAAAGAUUGAUUUGAGCCUUGACUAAGAUUUGUGUAAUUUUAAAAAAUUACACUUAACCUCAUUUACAUACCUCAAAACAUGAUAGCCUGGUAGGAAUUUGCUGUUUUUUUUAGUUUCAUCAUUGUAAUGUUAGGACAACAUCAAUGAAUCAAUGUUUUCUGGGUUUA